CCCGAGCAACAGGAGAAAGGCACUGACGAGCACUCUCACUUUUACUCCGAAGAGGAGUGGGAGGCUUUCUCCAUUUUAACAUCUGAGGAAAAAGGGUUUAAAUUGCACGCUUCCUUCAGUAUUAGAAGUUGGAUCUUUUUCAAGUGUUUUUGAGUUACCUGCUGGAGACCUUUGUUCUUUUUAAUCUUUUGUAGCAUUCCAUACUGGACAAAGGAAUUUUUACCAGCUUGUCUAAAUCACUGACAGAUGGCAACGUUUCUGGCAAACUGAAAAUAAGUGAUCACUUUUACCUUGAAUUUAACUUAUUUUUUUCUGGAAUUAAUUAGACGACUGGAAAUAUAUGCUCCGCUCAAGAUAUACACAUUGCGCGUCACCAAAUAUUUAGUGGCGGCAGAAACUACAAAAGCGCGGCACCCUUGGAAAUGGUGGUGUGGACCUGAAUCCAGAAAUCCAAAAUCAGCGAGACAUUAUUUGGGCCACCAUCUAUACUCCUUUGACAGCCUUUUCAUCUCUGUGGGCAUCAUGUCAGAAGUGACAUCCAAAACUGAGCCACGACCUCUCAGCGGGGCCCAGAAGGCUGUGUGUAGACUGGCGCACGAUGGCCCCAGGCCCCACCCUCUCCUGGGGCCCCUGCACAUGGAGUUGGAGGCCUAUGUGCAGAGGACUCGUACCAAGCAGAAGAAGAGGAUGGAGGCCUCGUGCCUGGAGCUGGCGCUUGAGGGCGAGCGGCUCUGCAAGGCCCGGGACUUCAAGGGCGGGGCCGCCUUCUUCGAGGCCGCUGUGGAGGUCGGCACGGAGGACCUCAAAACCCUCAGCGCCAUCUACAGUCAGCUGGGAAAUGCCUACUUCUACCUGAAGGAGUACGCCAAGGCCCUGGAGUACCACCGCCAUGACCUCACCCUUGCCAGGACGAUAGGAGACAGGAUUGGAGAGGGAAAAGCCAGUGGGAAUUUGGGGAACACUCUGAAGGUCCUGGGACGUUUUGACGAGGCCGUGGUAUGCUGCCAGAGGCACUUGGACAUCUCCCGCGAGCAAGGAGACAAGGUGGGAGAGGCUAGGGCUCUGUACAACAUCGGUAAUGUGUUCCACGCCAAGGGCAAACAGCAGGCCUGGGGCAGCAGCCAGGACCCAGGAGACCUCCCGCACGACAUCAUCGACACCCUGCAGAAGGCCACCGAGUUCUACGAGAUGAAUCUGUCCCUCGUGAAGGAGCUGGGCGACCGUGCGGCUCAGGGUCGGGCCUUUGGCAACCUGGGGAACACCCACUACCUGCUGGGAAACUUUGUGGAGGCCAUCAAGUUCCACAGAGAGCGGCUGUCCAUCGCCAAGGAAUUCGGCGACAAGGCGGCAGAGCGCCGUGCCUACAGUAACCUAGGCAAUGCUCUGAUUUUCCUGGGGCAGUUCAACACCGCCACCGAGUAUUACAGGAAAACGUUGCAGCUCUCUCGGCAGCUGAAGGACCGCGUGAUGGAGGCGCAGGCCUGCUACAGCCUGGGAAACACCUACACCCUCCUGCAAGCCUACGACCGUGCCAUCGACUACCACCUCAAACAUCUUCUCAUAGCCCAGGAGCUGACUGACAGGAUUGGAGAGGGACGUGCUUGCUGGAGUUUAGGAAAUGCUUACGUGUCUUUGGGAAACCACCGGCAGGCGCUACACUACGCUCGAAAACACCUGGACAUAUCUCAUGAGAUCGGGGACCGCAACGGAGAGCUGACGGCGCGAAUGAACGUGGAGCAGCUGAUGGAGUCUCUGGGCGUCAGCGAGGGCGAGCUCUCUCCCUGCGAAAAAGAGGUCCAGGCUCAAGGUGCCAGACCAAAGUUCAGCUCCAGAGACAGCAUGGACAGUGUGGACCUGUGGAAGUACUCAUCUGAAAAGGAGCAGAAUGGCGAUUGUAAUCACCUGGAUGACUCCUCCCGAGGUGGGCGGGGCAACGGCUCCAGGCCCGCCAAUAAGACGGGGCAGCCUGAGGGCCGGCUGGGUGACGAGCGGAUGUGGGGGCCCGGCCGGGACUCUCUGCUGGAUGCUGAUGACAUCAGCGUGCAGGUGACCACGUCGAAGCUGGCCAGGGACCCCUCUGAUGAGGACUGCUUCUUCGACCUCCUCAGCAAAUUCCAGAGCAGCCGCAUGGAUGACCAGCGCUGCCAUCUUGAUGAGCCGCAGGAUGAGGGCAGUGCCGUGGGUGGGGCCACCUCCAGCCCUGAGUCACCACUGGGUGACCUCAUUGACUCCUGCUCCCUGAUCUCCUCACCACAAACGGAGGAGCUGUUUGACCUCAUCGCCAGCUCCCAAAGCCGCCGGCUGGACGACCAGCGGGCCAACGUCGGCAACCUGCCGGGCCUCAGGAUCACCCAGAACAACCUCGGGCACCUGCGUGGAGACGCGGACCCCCAGGAGCCCGGCGACGACUUCUUCAACAUGCUCAUCAAGUGCCAGUCCUCUAGGAUAGACGAUCAGCGCUGCUCCCCUCCCGAUUUGGGUCCGCGGGCCCCCACGGUUCCAGACGAGGACUUUUUCAGUCUGAUCCAGAGAGUGCAGGCCAAGCGCAUGGACGAGCAGCGAGUCCACCUGCCCUCGGACCAGCAGGACGAGCCCGACUCUGACCCGCCGUCGCCCCCUUCUGGAGACUCCAGCUAGAGCGAUUCCCAGCAUUGACUGCCCUCCUCCCCUCGCCCAAUGAAUCUAAUCCUUUUAUUUCUAAUAUCUGUUUGUAUACAAGGGGAGAGGGGAACCCAUACAUGUUCUGGAAAUUUUGAGGGGGGGGGAAUGGUCACUCUAGAUCAGGUUUCAGUUUCUUGGGAUUAGAGGAGAACCUCGACCUUCCUCAGUCCCAUCCCUCAUAUCCCACCCACCAGAAUGACCCAUUCCGGUCACAGACUCUUUCUGAAACCUGUCGCAGCUGUAGAAUCAAGGAAGUAAAAGAAAUAUGAUGGGGUUGUAGGAUGAUGUUGGACAGUGUUGACAGCAUAGAUGUGAAGGAGAAAUCAGAUCAGUGUCUCAGAACUGGCAUAUCCUGGCUUUCUGGAGUAUAGCAAAGUGCAUGAAUAAAGUUGGUGUUUGUGGGGAAACAGUAUUACCGUAGGCAGUGAAGAGCAUGUAUAUCAGUGUUACUUUAAGCAUUAGCUCUUCUCUCAUGUUUUUGUUUUGUCUUUGGAUUUGCACUUUUAAAACCGGGGCAAAAUUGAAUCUAUGAGGUUGCAUUAUGGGAACAAAGAAAAGGAAAGCUGAUUCACAGUUUAAAAAAUGGUACCUGCUCAUUAUUUUCUCCUUGUUCUGAGUGGAAUUUUUGGGGCAUGGCUUUAUUGUCAAAUUAUUUUCACCGCCUUGUAAUCCAUUUUGUUUUGGAGGCAUAGAAAUCCUUGAGACGGGGAUGCUUCAGAAGAAGGCACGGUGCGAAUAGUAAAGUUAUUUAAGUAGUCAUGCAUAUACGUAGGAAAACAUUACUGUGAAAACAUUUUAAAGGUACACAGGUUUCUAAGCUAUGGUAGGGAUGCCCCUCCCCCCCUUUAAGAUAUAGAUUGAACCCUUUGCGAUUACUCCAUUUUUGGGGUUACACAACACCUCUGAGUGUAGCCACGGCUGCACGGUUUGCAGGCUUUCUUGUGUAGCAGUUUUUUUUGCACCUUAUAUUUCUGGCAGAAUGUCCAUACAGCCUCUCUCCUGCUGUAGUGUUUGGAAGGAGGCUGUGUAACACUGAUCCAUGUCACAUGCAGUCAAAGUAUACUCAGUGCAACUGAAGCAGCAGUACAAUGAGGCUGAUUUCUCUAUGGGAAAAUAUGGACAUAGGGUUCUCUAGGCUAACCAGGUGGUUAGCUCUGCAUUCUAAGAUUAGAAAGGCUCUGUGCUCAGACAGACAUAACAGCUUUUACACUCAGAAAGGGAAGUUUGUAUUCUUCAAGACAAUGGGAGCAAGACCGAUAUUCUGGAAUUCAGAGCCAGAUCAGUUUCUAAAGAAGUUAUUUUAGUCAUUUCCUCCUGAGACCCAGCAGAAAUUAUUAAAAAGUUUGGCAUAAUACAAGUGUCUUAAAGGACAGUUGCAGUGAAAAUAUUUUCAAAAAUAUUUUUUAUUUUGUUUUCAUUGAAUAUCCCUAGUGUAGCUUUCAGCAUAGUGGCAUAUAUGGUUCUCAAGAUUAAGACCAGAGACUCGUUCCGUACAGGUGAAAAAAUGAAUUUCCGCCUCCUAGGAGAAAAUUUGGGUAAGAAUCCCUGUAAACAAGUGUUGCGUCUCUCUACAAAUAGGCUACAAGACAUGAAUCAUUUAAAGCUGCAAUUGAUCUCCAGUGUUACAAUGUUUUACUCAUUUGACUGAGUCCACUUACAAACAUAGUGCCAAAUAAUGCAGAAAAAAAUGAAUAAAGGGCAAUGAAGAAAUUAAGAUUGAGGAAUUAAUGUUGGAUACUUUGCCUCUAUUGCUGAAGAUGAAACAUUCCAAUUUUAUGCAUCUUACAAAAUUUUUGAGAUUUCCAAAGGCAGUUCUGUUUUAAAUGAAUGUUCUAGCCUUCAAGGUGCCUCUUCAUGAAUUUUCUUGCCCUGGAAACUUCCAUUGCCAACUGGAACCUUCUAGAAAAAUGGAGUAGAGAGGAUGGAACUAAUGCAAGAGCUGACCAUCUGGUUUGUUUUAGAGUCUGCAGUCCAAGCAUCUCAGCAC